AUUAUAUAAUCUGUGACCAGUAUCUACAGUCUCAAACUGCUUAUAAAACAUUACAUAAAUUGAGGUCUUUUAGAACAUCCUUCUUCCAAUAUGGGUGAGUUUAGACAACAUGUGCAGCCAAUGUCAGAAAUGGAAAUGACAAAGCAGCAGUGUUCAGAGUUGAAUCCAACUCCAAUGGAGAAUUUCACCAUUGCAGACUUCUCUCUCCAAACCUUACUGGCCCACCAACUUCCUGAAUUCCCACCAAUCCUCUCCUUCACUGUGCUUGCCGGCGGCAGCCCUACUGCCACCGCGGAUGAACAUGUUUCUCUCCAAACCAACAAGAGAAAAGCAACGGAACAAUCCACAUGCAAAUCCCAAAUCAUUUCUCCAGCAGCUUCGACCACUGAAUUUGAAGGAAACACCAAGACGAGGAAAAAGAUUAGACAAGGCAAAGGGAAGAAAUCAAAAGAAGCAGAGGAAAUCAUUCAUGUUAGAGCAAGAAGAGGCCAAGCUACUGAUAGUCACAGUUUAGCAGAAAGGGUUAGAAGAGAGAAAAUAAAUGAGAAAAUGAGAUGCUUACAAGACCUUGUUCCUGGAUGCCACAAGACAAUGGGAAUGGCAGUUAUGCUGGAGGAGAUAAUAAAUUACGUUCAUUCAUUACAGAAUCAAGUAGAGUUUCUUUCAAUGGAGCUUGCGGCUGCCAGUUCUUAUGUUGAAACACAAGGCGACAAAAUGGCACAGGAGGGGACAAAUUCACAUGUGGCACGACAACAACAAGAGAUGGAGAAAUGGGCAAUGGAUAGGUAUGGAGAACAGCAUUGGUUCCAUUCGACAUGGCCACUUUGACUGCACUUUUGGCCCUUUUCUUUUCCUUCUUCUUCUUGUUUUUGUUAUAUAUAUAUAAAAGCACAUGAAUUAUGGUAAUGCAAAUAAAAAUCACAUCUUGUUUCCAGA